AUGGCAUCGGCGCUCGCCGUUACCACCCCGCCACGACAACAGCCUCCACUGCUGGACCACGUCCUCUCGACUUCUCCCACCGCUAGCCAGAAGACUUCACCCCAAGCAUCACGUUGCUUUGCCAUCCCUUCCGAUCAAUUGCCAGGCGAAGGUGGAGAAAAUGCCGUCACGAAAGCCUCCAAGCAUUGUGGCCUCAGCCCUCGACGCGUCCAGUCCUUACCUAGAGCGUGGGAACGGCGACCAGCAGUGCCUCAUGCCCCUCGCAACGAGGCGCAGAAGAUCUGGAAACGCGUGCCAUUGGGAGUGGUUGGUGCGACCGAGGGCCAGAAAUGGAGGAAAGAGACGAUUAAGCUGAACUGCCGGCCGCUUAAGAGACUGCGGGUCAUGCACCUUGCAGAAGACGAGGACAAGGAGAAUGUUGACUACGUGGGAUCGAAGUGGGACGAGGAUGGGAUGGCCACUCCCAGUCCGAGGCGGAAGGUAUUGGAAUGUGGGGAGCCUCCUGCGCGGACCAUGGAAGAGGAUCCAAACAUGCAAAUCUCCUUUGAUGCGGACGAGCAACAAGACCAAGACCACAAUUUUGACAAGACAGACCAUGGCACAGCUUCACCAGAGCUCGGGACUUGUGAGGCAUCCGAAACUUUGGCUGAUGAGCCUUCUGUCGAAGGUGAAGAAACCGCUUUGCCCCUUGUCUUGGGCAUGCUUCUUCCGUCUGUUAAAGAUGCAGACGAUGACAGUCCUACAGCUGCAGCCACCCCCUCUUCACCCAGUUCAGAACUCACCGUAGCAAUGGCGACCCUGUCUAGGUCACCGAAUCAAAAAUUUACUGCACCAAUCCUCCCGUCCCACGAGGACGAACAGGAUUUGAUCACCAGCGCCCACAGAAGCUUGGCCGUCAUCGAGCCCUCGCUUGAAGAUGAGAAUGCGGCCUACUUGUGGGGUUUCCUUUCCCGAACACGUGCCCAGAAAGAGGCCAGGGGACAGACCGAACAGCUUCCCCCAGUACUGCCCGAGGAGGCAGUCAGCGCCGUCCAUGAAGUGGUGGAGGAAUCCAAGAGUGUCCAAAGUGCCAGAUCACCCGAGCCCGAUGAUGUCCCGGUAGCACUACCCACAGCGAACGAGCCCAACAUCAUUCUCUCACCUCGGCGGAGCUCCCGACUUACGACGCGGCUACCUAGACCCCAGAACCCCGCGUCGACCCCGACAGCCACUAUUUCUCUCAAACGACUCAAAGGUCCAGAGCUGGUGGUUAACAACCACGAAAACCAGUCUAUUGCGGUGGCGACCAGGCAAAAUACUAAGUGCAACAAGUUUGGAGCGAUUUCCGUCAAGAUCAGGCUGAUUCAACUGGCCGCCGAAGCCAAAGUCAGGGAGUCGUCAGGGUUCGCUUCAGCGGGAAGUGACCACUUGAGUCGGGAAUCAACAACCGCGAAGACGAAGCAGAAAAAGGUAGUCUGGGCUGAAACGCUGGCCACAUAUCAAGAUGGCUCAGAGCCCCUGAAAGAGUUUGCUCUUCCAGACGAAGUGGUCGAGGCUGAGGAAGGACAACCUUGCCAGGAGGUUGGAGGGGAAGGCCUACAGGCUGAGCUGGGACCUCAUCCCAGUGCCGACGCCGAGGGCCCCGAAGGAAACGUCACCGACCAGUCGAUCCAGGGUCUAUUUCAGAUGCUGCGGGAACGGAACAAAAACCGAGGUGGCAUGAAGAAAGUGCGUCGGCUGAGGAGAUUGAACGGCGGCUCUGUGAAUGGAACUCCAGCACCGAAGAGACUCACAAAUACACAAUUACCCGUGCCGGUCGGGUCUAAAGCAGCGACUUUUACUUCUUCACAGGAUGCAGAAAAGAUGAAGCCUCUCGAUUUAGGCGGCGCGAAAUUAAAAGCAGAUGCUUCGGAAGGAGCGAAGACAGAUGGAGGAGUGCAGACGCGGACGCGAAGUAGGAAUCCUAAGAGUAUUUGA